AUGUCUAGUAGUACACAUCCAGAGAGCAAAGUCUCCUUAUUACCUGAAACAGAGAAAAGAGAGGAAAAGAAGGGGGGACUACAAGAUAGCGCCAAGGCAGAUUUGAAAACUGUACCCUUAGAAGAAUUCAGCUUCGAGGAAGCUCCUCAACCCAUAAAGAAGCCCAUUUUUUAUCGAAUAUUAGCAUUUUUCAUAUAUUUGAUUGUCGGUAUAUUUGCUGUAUCAAUAACUUUCAGUAUCAUAAUCACAUUGAUUGUUAAGGUGGAUUUUGAUAGUCUAACACCAGAACAAAAAAAUGAAAUAGAUCCAUCUCUAAUAUCUAUACUGAAAAAUUCAAAAUUAAUUUUCAUUUGGUCUUCAAUUGCCAAUGUUAUUAAUGAAUGCUCUAUUAUUGCAUGCUGUUUAUUUGUUGUCCAUUGUAUUCCAUGGAAUACCAAAUCAGCAAAAACAUUGAUUGCGUUAGCUUUUAGUUUGAUUGUUUCUUCAGGAAUUUACGUUCAUUUAUUAUGCGAUAUUAUGAACCCAUCGGAUUUAGCUACUCUAAUGAAUCCACCACAAGUAUAA